GCCAAGGGCAAGGACGCUCGGAAAGGGACCAUGCCCGACUCCCGGUCCCCUCCUCCUCCCUCCCUCUCCCGUCCAUCUGGGGUAGGCUAUAAGUUCCCCGCACUCUCCGUGUUCUACCCCGCAUCCUCAUGCUCAUCACUCGCCUCCCUCGAUCCGUGGUCGUCGCUCCAGCGCAUCCCCGCAUCCUCGCCAGCGCACGUACCAUGGCGUCCAGUGCCCGACCGACGCGCCUUCGCCCGCACAACUGGAAGGAGCUCGCUCCCGCACCGCUCCCGGGACUCACCUUUGCAGCCCAGGCGAACCUGCCCCGUCUGCCGGUGCCGACGCUUGACGAGACGCUGGUGAAGCUGAAGGAGAGCCUGCGUCCGAUCGCAUAUAAUGAGCAGGAGUACGCUGCGGCUGUCAGGAAGAUCGACGAGUUUGCUGCAGGGCCUGCGAGGGAGCUGCAGAAAAGGCUGGAGGCGAGACGUGCAUCGACGGUGCACUGGCUCGAGGAGUGGUGGGACGACGGCGGAUAUCUGACGUAUCGUGACUCGGUCGCUAUAAACGUCUCCUACUACUAUGGCUUCAGAGAACAUCCGUCGCACCUUCCUCAGACUCCAGCACACCGUGCUGCCUCACUUGUGCGUAGCGCCAUGCUCUUCCGAGAGCAGUUCAAGCUGGGGCAACUCCCGCCUGAAGCGACCAAAGAGGGUCCAAUCUGCGUGGACACGUACAGGUGGAUGUUCGACUGCUGCCGCGUGCCCGGAAAGCCCGCGGACUGGAGCGUGAGCUACGCCCGCGAAGGGGAUCGCGGGGACUCUGGCCAUGUCGUCGUCCUCCGGCGUGGCCGAGUUUGGAAGCUUGAACCAUGGAAGGACGGGCGGUUGCUUAGCGUAGACGAACUGCUCAAACAGAUCGAGCAUAUCUACGAGAACACCAAACAGGAGUACCCUGCAGUAGGACUUCUGACGGCUCACGACCGCGACUUCUGGACCGAGCAAUACGACGCGCUCGCCGCAGACCCACACAACGAGUCCAUCCUGCGCACCAUCCAUUCCUCCGCGUUCGUCCUCUGCCUCGACACGGAGGGCGCACCAGACUUCAUCGCGCACAGCCGGCUGCUCUGGCACGGCGCCGUCACCGUGCCCGCCGAUGGAGUCCCUAUGGCUGAGAACCUCGGCAUGCGCAAUAGGUGGAUGGACAAGCCGCUGCAGUUUGUCGUCGCGGAUGACGGUAAGGCGGGCUUUGUCGGCGAGCACUCUAUCAUGGACGGCACGCCGACCGUCGCGCUGUGCGACCGCGUGCUGGACACGAUCGCCGCGCCCGAGUUCGCAUCCUCCGCAUCCGCGCUCCCGUCCGUUACGUCACCUCCCGCGACGCCCACGCCGCUGGACUGGCACAUCUCUGCGGAGACGCGGAGGGGGAUCAUCUACGCGGCUGGGUAUGUGUUCGGGCUGAUCGCGACACAGAACAUGGACUGCGUGCGCACGGCGUACGGCAAGCGGCAGAUCAAGGAAUUCGGCGUGUCGCCCGACUCGUGGGCGCAGAUGCUCGUGCAGCUCGCGUAUGCGCGGUUGCUGCGCGCGCGGGGCGAGAAGCGGAGGGGCGGGACGUACGAGGCGGCGUCGACGCGGAGGUUCUUUAAGGGCCGGACGGAGGCGAUCAGGGUCGUGUCGCGUGAGGGGGAUGAGUGGGUUGAGAGUAUGGAUGAUAAGAGGGUGGGUGUGAAGGAGAGGGGGGAGCUGUUUGGGAGGGCGGUGGAGGUGCAUGGGCAGGUGGCGAGGAUGGCUGGGAAGGGCUUGGGGGUUGAUCGUCAUUUGCUCGGUUUGAAGAAGGCGGUUAGGGAAGGCGAGGCUGUCCCGGCUUUGUUUAGCGAUCCGGUUGUUGCGCGCUCGAGUUAUUGGGUGCUGAGCACGUCUGCGAUUUUCUCGAAGCAUUUUGGCCCGUAUGGAUGGGGAGAAGUCGUCCCGGACGGUUUCGGCGUUGCGUACAUGACGGGCUUUGACGAUUAUCUGCAGUACACGAUCACUUCACAAGUGGAGAUGCCGAACGAGGAGUUUUGUGAGGAGCUGAAGCGCGCGGCGCAGGAUAUGUUUGAUUUGCACGCGGUGUUGGCGAAGGAGAAGGCGGCGGAGCCGGUGAAGGCGAAGUUGUGAUUAAGGGCGUAUUAUAUAUAUGUGUGUGUACUGGAUACCUCAUGGGAUACCACCGAGCUCCUGGUGUAGUUGAUGCUUUACAUUACUGGGUUGAAUGCCGUGAAUCCCGAGUAUUAGUGUCGAUAGGGAUUUGCAGAGGGGGUUUCGUCGAAAAACUGAGCAACUCAC